CGCCGAAAGCUCAGCGUCGGCACGCGUCCAACUUUUGCCGAGCUUCGAGUACACCGAAAAGUUUUUUAUUUGAGUGGUUAUUCCGGUGGGCAAGACGCCGAUAUUUGUACUAUCCACAUCGUGUCGCAGAUGAAUUAGUUCUGCCGGAUGCGGAAGCGACAAACAUGGAUCGGAUGGAUGAAGAUGUGAGGUAGAUGGCAAGUCACUAUCGGAAUGAUAUCAUUAUUCCUCUCUAUUCCCCUCACAUUAGUAUCAGCAUUCGGUCUAUUGCUCAACGCCUACAUUUUGAUUGUUGUGCUCCUCACGAAACAGGUCACCACUUCCGCAAACAACCUGUUACUAUUGCAUCUGGGUUCAAUUAAUGUUUUCCUCGGCAUUUUUUACUUGGUUUUCUGCGUUCCGGGCCUGAAAGGUACGGAAUGGGUUACUCUAGGACUGCCCUGCACUAUUUAUGGGUUCUUCUUCACCCUUCUCCAUCCCAUGGUGUUGUGGACGAUCUGCGGACUCAAUUGUGAUAGAUACUACGCCAUCGCUGCACCUUUGCAUUACAGCCAUAUUGUCAAUCCAAAAAAAAUUUUGUUGGGUUUAGGUGCAGGAUGGACGAUAUCGUUGACUCUAUGCAUUCCACCCAUUUUUCGGACGGCGCCCUACGAUUUCUUCCCCGGAAUGGGAGGCUGCGCCCCCAAUUUUUCCACCGGCGUCGGUGCCCUGUGGUACUCCGCCCUGUACACCGCAUUUACACUUCUACUUCCCGCGACCGUCAUCAUUUGUUGCAACUUAAAGAUAUUAAUGAUAGCUCGCUAUCACAGACACAGAAUCGCAUCGGCAAUCUACGAGGUGACACUUUCAGCUCAAGUCACCAUCACCCAUCAAAGAAACCCGUUCUUCGUACCAACAGUCACUGCACCCUCCUCGGGUGGUCCAAAGUUCAGAGGUCGAAGCGCCAUUUACACGGUUUUCCAACUCGUCGGAUCAUUCUUGAUACUAUACGUCCCUUAUUAUUGCAUCAUCCUUUGGGACUCCACUUUAGGAAGUCUUGGGAAAAAAGAGAAACUCCAUCAACAUUUUUACACCUUAGCGUCAGGUUUAUUAAUUGCAACUCUUCCGAUUAACGGUUUUCUUUACGGUAUCAAGAGCAAAACACUGCGUAAGACCUUCCAAAACUAUUGGCGCAAAAAGCAAACUAAAAGCGAAGUCAAUCAAGAGAUUCAAGCAAGAACACCAUCCACCUGUGGAUCCAGAAGACCAUCAUUGACGCCACUCGGAUUUCUCACCAAACCAUCCUUGCAAAGACGCCUUUCAGAAACACUGUUGGACGUUCACAAGAACUCCAAGAGCCCACAAAGAACUAAAAUUAAACGCAUAGCUUCGGAGUUAACAUGGAGACCAGCGUCGGCCAACAGUUUGAAUAUGUCGCCAAAGGAAGAACCGGACAAAAAAAUAACCCACACGUCCAGUUGCAACACACUGCAAGUCCCAAACGACCACGAAGUCUCAACAAUAACCGAAGACGAAAUUUACAUUAAGCUCAAACACAUUAAAGAUUCGCCAACAAAACCAACAUCUACUAAUAUCCUACUUCAAAAGUUUUUCGGCUUGGAACAAGAGAAGAUUAACAAGAAGGCGGCCGCCGUCCAAAAUGUACUGGAUGGGACGCCGAAAAGGUCGCCAAGAAUUUUGAUCACCAGAGCAUUUUCCGAAGAGAGCGACAAAAAUUCGCAUCCCGGAACGCCUGUCAAAGAAAUUACCAAAAAACACUCCAGCUCCGCCACCACUCUAAUUGAGAAGAAAUGGAGACAGAUAAGGUACAAGGAAGAAGACAGCGAUAGUGAUGGUCCGAAAUCAAGUUCCACGACAACGAAACCGUUGCUGGACAACAGUUCGCAGAGUAACAGAAGUAGUGACUCGUCAGAAACAUCGGAGACGAGUAGCGGCAAGAUCUUCAUGUCGCUAGACAAUAAAGUGGCCAACGAAGACCCCGAACCGACGGAGGAUCAGCUUUUGCUGGCGUGGCCUCAGAAGAAGUUCAUCAAACAGGAGGAUAGCAGAAAAGCAAAGUCCAAUCUGCUCAAGCAGACACUAGUACAUGUACAAUCGCAGGAAAUUGUACUAUAGUUUUAGAUUUUAGACGCGGUGGAUGGCCGAAUGUUUUUCACAUUAGAUUGUGAUAAAGUUUGACCAUCCACCAAAAAUCCUAGUGAUUUUUGUUCUAGUCAGUUUAAUAUUUUUUAAUUGUGAUGUUCUAUGUGAUAAAGCAUAUUAGAAUUGAUUUACAGCAAAUAAAAUGUGAAAUAUUAUGUUGACAGGUUUACCAAAUAUUUUCACUAACCAACCGUGUUAAUUACAACCAAGUCAAUACAAUCAAUGUUGUAGAUCAGAUUUUUGUUAAUAUUGUACAGACACAACUUUUGAUUUAUUUGCUUUUCAUCGUACAACAAACGUUAACAGAUUUGAAACAUAUGAAAUGUGGCCGCUUUUACCACUUGUUAAUAUGCAAUGUAGAUAUUUUAAAACUGUUAUGGUGUUACAAAAAAUUUUAUCAAAUCAUACGAGAAAAAGAUGUACGCUUUUUCUGGUACGAUUCUCACUAUAAAUGUUAUAAAAUAACAGUUAUUUAUAUGUGUAUUAUAAUAAUAAAAUCAUAUAUUUUUCAAAAAACAUUCCAUGCCAAUAAAUGUAAAUGUUGCAAACCCCCACGUUUAUUUUGCAGUCGAUGCGGAUUGUUAUAAACGCUUUUUUGUACGAUUUUUCUUAUUUUGUUAUAAAAAACACAAACCAAUCAUUUACUCUUAAAACUACAGGGUAAAAAUACAAUCUAUAUUUCUUAAAAUAUAACAUAUCCUAAAUUUUAAUAAUAAAAACCAAUCAGUAUUAUAUAGUUUAAAACCGUUUAAUUUUAUGAAAAUUUAGAGAUAUCAUUAGCUCAAAAAAUAUCAUGAAACAUAUUUGUCAUUAAAACAAUUUUUACUAAUCCAAAAAUUUCACAAAAGACGAAUAUAUUUCAAACACUUAGAGUAUUAGCAACAUUUGUACAACGAUCAUUUGCCAAGAAUAAAAAUAUUUGACAGAUGAUCCUUUUUAUAUUGUUUUGUUAUUUUUAGUAAGUUCAUGUAAUGCUCUAGUUAAAUUGAUAUUAAUUAAUAUUUUGUAGGUCCAUCUCAGGUUUAAUCCAGUUUUAUUGACAUUCGUAUUUAUUUUUUCGCAAAUCACAGAAUAUGUAAUAAAUGUGUCAAAACUGUAAUUUUCUUAUAAAAAAUAAAUGCAACGCA